AACAGUUGGUCAGAAGCAUGUUGCGUUUAUUACUUGGGUUGCUGAUUUUAAUUGGCGCAGAGUGCCAUGAAACGGUACUAUCUCUUCAAGUGGCACGGGAAAUCCCAGAAGAACGUCUGGGGUCGGCGUGUCCAGUCGAAUUGGACUACAGUCCUCAGUGCAUCUGCGAUUUCUGGCCAUAUGAAACCUACAACGUCUACUGCAAUGCGUCAUCAGCCGAAGAAUUGAACGUCAUUACGCAGACCUUUCAGCGCACUCCCAUUGUCAAGCACACUGAGGUGAAAAUCAGCCUCACUGAAUCCAUGUCUAUUCCUGCCAAUUUUUUCAGCAAUAAGACGGCCGUUUCAAUCAUCUUCGAAUGCAUAGGCGAUUCAGGAAAGCUCGGUCUCAUCGACCCCCAGGCAUUCAUACUCACGGCCGCAACGACCACCGCGUUCGGGAUUAAUUUCUGCGACUUGACAGAAUUCGAUUUCGCUUUUCUGGCUCAGCUGAGGGUUUUGGCAUCGCUUCGGUUGUACAGCACCACCAUGACCACCCUGGCGAAAAUGCCGUUCAUGCCCCACAUGCGAACGGUCGAAUUAUUCGGUCUGACUGGACUCCGCGAGUGGCACGAUCCAGCUCAAACUCCAUUCCUGGAUACGAUUACCAUCAACGCAGCUAUCGAUACGGAUCAGGAAACCAUGGAAAAGAUCUUGGAAACGCUGUUGUACUACGCCAACUCCCUGCGUGGCUUGUACCUACCCAAUUUAGGACUCACUAGAGUCCCUCCAGCUGUUAGAAAUCUAACAUACCUCAACACGCUGGAUUUAAGCGCUAACCUCAUCAGCUCACUGCCUACCGGAUCGUUGGCUUUGUCAUCCACUUUAGAUUCCCUAUGGCUGGGUAACAUGCUAAUUCAAAGUGUUGAACCGGGAGCUUUUCAAGGCAACUUCCGGCCAACUUUGGUCUACAUGGUUUUCAACCGGCUAAUUAGCUUUCCACGUGAAACAUAUGAAGACAUAUUAGAAGAAAUGAUUUACUCUUCUGGCUCUUUUAAUAUUUACGGAAAUCCCAUAACAUGCAAUGACUGCCACCUGGAUUGGCUCAUCAACGAAAAAAGAUACCUGCUAGCCAGAGUGACGGACGGAAUGUGCACUAAUGGCACUAGCUUUGACCAGUUAGACGCGCAAGUUUACAAAGCCCGUUGUGCAAAGGACAAUCAUGCGACAUCUAUUCAAACACCGUUUUUGCUGUUGAUUGCGAUGCUCACUUUCUGCAGACUAUUGCUUUAAAAACGUCAAAGGAAACUAAAUAAAUAAAUUUAGUCUAUUUGCACAAAA